AUGGCGCGCAACAGCGAAAAGGCACAGUCGAUGCUCUUCCGCUUCCGAGCGGCCCAGGCCGCUGAAGUCGGAAUUCUGGACAUUGGCCGAACCCGCCGCCCGAAGGCGAUCACGUCGGUGGAUUCGAUCCCGACGUGCGAGAAAUGGCGAGGGCAGGUGCUGAAGGAGAUCUCGCGGAAGGUGUCGCGGAUCCAGGACCCGAGCCUGAGCGACUACCAGAUCCGGGACCUCAACGACGAGAUCAACAAGCUCAUGCGCGAGAAGUGGAUGUGGGAGAUGCAGAUCCGGAACCUGGGGGGCCCGAAUUACAUGCGCGGCGGCGGGCGCGUCUACGAUGACGAAGGGAGGGAAAUCCCCGGUGGCGGGAAAGGGUACCGGUACUUUGGCCGCGCGCGGGAACUGCCCGGCGUCAAGGAGAUGUUUGAGGCCGCUGCGAGGAAGGCCCGGCGGCCGGAGGAGGAGGAUGAGGAUGCGGGAGGCGGAGGCCGAGCGGCAGCUGAGAUGGCUCGCAAGCACGUGGACGCUGCUUACUUCGGGUAUGGGCGUGACGAGGAGGAGGCCUCGCUGGUGGAGUACGAGCAGAAGCGGGAAAAGGAAGCCCUCGAGGACAUGCUCAGGCGUGGUGAGGACGAUGUCGAGGAUGGCUGGGAGCCAUUGCCUGGCGAUGCCGGUGAUGGCGUCGAAUGGAGGCUGCCUACGCUGGAAGAGGUGCAAGAAGAGCUGGUGGAGAGACGAAGAAGGAGACUACUGGACAAGAUCUCCUGA